AUGUCUGAUAAGGUUCGUGUUUGCAUCGUCGGUUCCGGAAACUGGGGAUCGGCCAUCGCCAAGAUUGUGGGCGUCAAUGCCAAGCGGUUGUCCACGUUCGAAGACCGCGUGACGAUGUACGUGUACGAGGAGAUGAUCGAUGGAAAGAAGCUAACGGAGAUCAUCAACACGACGCACGAAAACGUUAAGUACCUGCCUGGACACAAGCUGCCCGAGAACAUUGUUGCUGUUCCGGAUGUUGUGGAGGCAGCAAAAGAUGCCGACAUUCUCAUCUUUGUCGUGCCGCACCAGUUCAUCCGUGGGCUAGGUACGCAGCUGCUGGGUAAAAUCAAGCCGACUGCUGUCGGUCUGUCACUGAUCAAGGGCUUCGACGUAGCCGAAGGUGGUGGUAUGGAGCUGAUCUCGCAUCUGAUCACGAAGCACCUGAAGAUACCAUGCUCGGUACUGAUGGGCGCUAAUCUGGCCGGCGAGGUAGCGGAAGAGAAGUUCUGUGAGACAACCAUUGGGUGCCGGGAUAUGAAGAUUGCCCAGACACUACGCGACCUUUUUCAAACGCCUAACUUCCGGGUGGUCGUGGUGGACGAUGUCGAUGCGGUGGAAAUUUGCGGUGCGCUCAAGAACAUCGUGGCUUGCGGCGCUGGGUUCGUCGACGGUAUGGGCCUGGGUGAUAACACGAAGGCUGCCGUCAUUCGGUUAGGUCUGAUGGAGAUGAUUAAGUUCGUCGAUGUGUUCUACCCGGGCAGCAAGCUUUCGACGUUCUUCGAGAGCUGUGGUGUCGCUGAUCUCAUCACUACCUGCUAUGGUGGCCGCAAUCGCAAAGUUUCGGAAGCCUUUGUAAAAACAGGCAAAACGAUCAAGCAGCUGGAGGACGAGAUGCUCAACGGACAGAAGUUACAGGGUCCGAUCACUGCCGAAGAGGUGAACUUCAUGCUGAAGAGUAAAGGAAUGGAGGAUAAAUUCCCACUGUUUACGGCCAUCCAUAAAAUCUGUACCGGUCAGGUGAAACCGGCAGGAUUCCUGGACUGUCUGCGCAACCAUCCAGAACACAUGACACCAUGGGCAAAGCUCUAG